UGGGAACUGACCUCCGUCCCUUCUGCACCUUCUGCUUCAUCUCCUCCAGCAACAUGAGCCGCCAAUUCACCUGCAAGUCGGGAGCUGCCACCAAGGGGGGCUUCAGUGGCUGCUCGGCCGUGCUCUCAGGGGGCAGCUCGUCCUCCUACCGGGCAGGAGGCAAAGGGCUCAGCGGGGGCUUUGGCAGCCGGAGCCUCUACAGCCUGGGGGGCAUCCGGACCAUCUCCCUCAACAUGGCCGGUGGCAGCGGGAAGAGUGGUUUCGGGUUUGGCCGGGGCCGGGCCAGCGGCUUUGCGGGCAGCAUGUUUGGCAGCGUGGCCCUGGGGCCCUCGUGUCCAACCGUGUGCCCUCCAGGGGGCAUCCACCAAGUCACUGUCAACGAGAGCCUCCUGGCCCCCCUCAACGUGGAGCUGGACCCCGAGAUCCAGAAGGUGCGCGCCCAGGAGCGGGAGCAGAUCAAGGCUCUGAACAACAAGUUCGCCUCCUUCAUCGACAAGGUGCGGUUCCUGGAGCAGCAGAACCAGGUGCUGGAGACCAAGUGGGAGCUGCUGCAGCAGCUGGACCUCAACAACUGCAAGAACAACCUGGAGCCCAUCCUCGAGGGCUACAUCAGCAACCUGCGCAAGCAGCUGGAGACGCUGUCCGGGGACAGGGUGAGGCUGGACUCGGAGCUGCGGAACACGCGGGACGUGGUGGAGGACUACAAGAAGAGGUAUGAAGAGGAAAUCAACAAGCGGGCAGCUGCGGAGAACGACUUUGUGCUGCUUAAGAAGGAUGUGGAUGCGGCUUACGUCAGUAAAGUGGAACUGCAGGCCAAGGUGGACUUCAUGAACCAGGAGGUCAAUUUCUUGAAGUGUCUCUACGAAGGAGAGAUUGCUCAGAUCCAGUCCCACAUCAGUGACAUGUCCGUCAUCCUGUCCAUGGACAACAACCGUGAUCUGAACCUGGACAGCAUCAUCGACGAGGUCCGCAACCAGUACGAGGAUAUUGCCCUGAAGAGCAAGGCUGAGGCCGAGGCCCUCUACCAGACCAAGUUCCAAGAGCUGCAGCUGGCAGCCGGCCGGCAUGGGGACGACCUCAAGAACACCAAGAAUGAAAUCUCCGAGCUCACCCGGCUCAUCCAGAGGCUGCGCUCAGAGAUUGAGAACGUGAAGAAGCAGGCCUCCAACCUGGAGACGGCCAUCGCCGAUGCCGAGCAGCGAGGGGACAGCGCCCUGAAGGAUGCCCGGGCCAAGCUGGACGAACUGGAGGGUGCCCUGCACCAGAGCAAGGAGGAGCUGGCCCGGAUGCUGCGGGAGCACCAGGAGCUCAUGAGCCUGAAGCUGGCCCUGGACAUGGAGAUUGCCACCUACCGCAAGCUGCUGGAGGGCGAGGAGUGCAGGAUGUCAGGAGAAUUUCCCUCCCCUGUCAGCAUCUCCAUCAUCAGCAGCACCAGUGGCAACGGCUUCCGGCCCAGCUCCGUCAGCGGCGGCUACGUGGCCAACAGCACCAGCUGCAUCUCUGGCGUGUGCAGCGUCCGCGGUGGGGAGGGCCGGAGCCGGGGCGGUGCCAGCGACUACAAGGAUACCCUGGGGAAGGGCUCCAGUCUGAGCGCCCCCUCCAAGAAAGCCAGUCGGUAG